GAAUGGGAUGAAUUAUCGUAGAAUUUGCAUACUCAUGAGAUGUCAAAAAAUAGAAGAUCCUUGAAAAUAUCGAGGGAGGGCUAGAUGAAUCUUAGAAUGCUAAUAGCUUUGAUGAGUCCAUCAGGUGCAGGAAAGACCAGUCUUUGAAACGUUUUAGCAAAUCGAACAACAACUGGAGUGAUUCGAGGAGGAAAAUAUGUCGAUGCCAAGUAUCAUGAUGACGGUUUAGCACGAAAGGUGGGUUAUGCUCAGCAGCAAGAUUUACAUCUCUCAACGUCAACCGUUCGGGGGGCCUUGAUGUUUAGCGCACGACUGCGUCAGUCAGAGGUGUGUUCGGAUAAGGAGAAGACAGAAUGGGUUGAUGAUCUGAUUCAUACACUCGACAUGACAAGUUUUGCUGAAGCUAUAAUUGAGGUGCCGAGAGAGGGUUUAAUAAAUGUCGAGCAAAGAAAGCGCGUGACGAUAGGAGUUGAGCUUGCUGCGAAACCCGAGCUUCUUCUUUUUUCUGGGUAAGUCUUCUAGGACAAUCAUUGGCCUAUUAAUUCAUAGAAGACUGACGAACCUACAUCUGGUCUCGAUAGCAAUACGGCGUGGUCAAUUUGUACUCUGUUAAAAAAGUUGGCUGAUAAAGACCAAGCAACUCUUUGUACCAUUCACCAACCAUGCAGAAUACUAUUUGAGAUAUUCGACCGACUGCUAUUUCUCCACGAAGGAAAAUCUGCAUACUUUGGGGAACUUGGACCGAGUUCGCGAACCUUGGCUGAUUACUUCCCACGUCAUGGAUCUCGAGAAUGAAUGUGGAAUUGACGACAAUCCGGCCGAGGGGUUACUCCAAAUUUUCGGCCAGCCAGCUGGAUCCUGUACUGAUAUUUAGAGCACCUCCGAAGAAAGAAAACCCAUUGAGAAAGAUCUGGUCAAAACGAAGCAUGAACUUUCCUAUUCGCAUGAUUCAAUUCAUGAAUCUUCGUCGAACGAAUUUGCGACAUCCCUCCUCUACCAGAUAUCUCUCGUCACUAGAAGGAAUUUCGAGCUUGACUGGCGAACUCCGGCCUAUUCAUAUUCCCAGUUCUUUCUGACUCUUGGAGCAGUAAGUACCAAUCCGUUGUGAGACUUCAUCCACUAACACGAUUCAGGGGCUCAUCAAUGGAUUCUCACUCUACAACCCACAGGCCAGUCUUCAAGGAGUCCAGAACCAAAUAUUCCCCCUUCUCACCCUUCACAAAAAUCUCGUCCAGUUGACCUUGCCCCACCUCAUGGAUAAUCGUACACUCUACGAGGCACGCGAACGCUCAUCACAAACUUAUUCCUAGAUUCUUUUCUUUCUGUCAAAUAUCAUAGCCGAGCUCCCGGGCAUAGUUUUCCUUGCCGUUAUGCAGUCUGUGACUUGAUACUAUGCAAUUGGGAUGUACAGAAUCUUAGUACCAAUCACCUCCCUUUCCAAAUUCUGGACAUUAAUGUACCGAAGCACGCCCGUUACCUACCUCGCCUCCUCCUUGCUUCUCACUGGUAUCUCCGGUGCCAACGUGACAUGUGUACCCAGCGAGCUUCUCCACGCUAUCCCUCCCUCCCCCCUCACCUGCGCCCAGUAUCUCUCAUCCUAUCUGCAGACCUCAGACGCGCAUCUCCCCACCCCCGAAAAUUUUGACAGCGUGCAGCAUCUGUCCGGUGAGCAAUACCCGUACGUUGAUAACCAGCGUGGGCGUGUUUUACGAGCAUCGCUGGAGGAAUUUUGCCAUUUCGCUAGUGUAUAGCGCGGGUAAUGUUGGGGGGGGGGCGCGUUGGGACUUGAUUGAAUUCUUACA